AUGCCUUCUCUUGAGACAAACGGCUCGAAUGGGCAAUCCGCCUUCCAAUUCUACAACAUCAUCGACGGAAAGCCCCGCACCUCCAAGGAUCAUCACCAGGUUAUCGAUCCCCGCACAGAAGAGCCUCUCUGGGACGCUCCCAUCGCAUCGUCAAAGGACCUGGACGAUGCCGUCGAGGCGGCCAACCGGGCUUUCAAGACAUGGAAGAAGAGCACCGUGGCCGAGCGCCAGAAGGCCGUUCACGAUGUAGCCAACAUCAUUCUAGAAAACCUAGAUAUCUUAACCGAGGUCCAGAUGAAAGAAACUGGCAAGUCUAGGCUCAUGUCGAAAUUUGAUGUUGAGAGGGCGGCAUGGCAUUUCGAGUAUUACAAAAGCGUAACCCUCGAAGAUGAGCUCCAAUACGAAGACGACACAAUCCGGAUCAUCGCAACCCACGCGCCCAUCGGCGUGCUCGGCGCCAUCUCCCCGUGGAACUUCCCACUAAUCCUCUCCACGGUGAAGAUCGUCUCCGCGCUCGCCACGGGCAACUGCUGCAUCAUCAAGCCAUCCCCCUUCACGCCAUACUCGCUGCUCAAGUUCUGCGAGCUAGCGCAGUCGGUCCUGCCCCCAGGCGUCUUCCAAGCCAUCAACGGCGGCGCCGAUCUCGGCGAGCUGAUGACCCUGCACCCGGGCAUCCACCACAUCAGCUUCACGGGCACCAUCGCCGUCGGCCAGCGCAUUCUGCGCAACUGCGCCGGCACCCUAAAGAAAGUGAUUCUCGAGCUCGCGGGCAACAACGCGUGCAUCGUGUGCGACGACGUCGACCUCGAUAAGGUCGUGCCCCAGGUUACUACCGGCGCUCUGUUCCACGCCGGCCAGGUGUGCGUUGCGUCCAAGCGCAUCUACGUCCACGAGUCCCUGUACGACCGCUUCCUGGAGAAGCUCGUCGAGGAGUCGAAGAAAUUCGCCGUGGAAGACGACGAGUCCGUUGCUUUUGGCCCGCUGUCGAACCGCGCUAAUUACGAGCGUGCGGUGGGAAUCAUUGAGGACUGCAAGAAGAACGGGUAUAAGAUCGUUACGGGCGGCGAGGUCCGGCCGACUAAGAAGGGGUUCUGGCUGCCCCCGACUAUUGUCUCGAAACCACCUGAGGACUCCUUGAUUGUUAGGGAGGAACAAUUCGCCCCCAUCGUCCCCGUAAUGUCCUGGUCCUCAGAAGACGACGUAAUCGCCCGCGCAAACCUAGACAACGCCGGGCUCGGCGCAUCAGUAUACACGCCCGACCUCGACCGCGCGCAGCGCAUCGCGCGACAGCUCGAGUCGGGAACCGUGUGGAUCAACCAGUUCGAGCGGCCUCACCACGCCGGUUUCUUCGGCGGCUGGAAGCUUAGCGGUUUUGGUGGAGAGCUCGGAAAGCAGGGGCUGCUGCAUUAUUGCCAUACGCAGAGUUUGCAGAUCGCUAAGUAG